UUUGUGUUUGUUGGCAUACUGGUUAGGGGUGUCCAUGUUGUUGUGGGCUAACCUCACUUCUUUCGUGACUAUCUAGUAUCACGUUUUCAGGUUUACAAUUUCGUGGGAAAGCUAUUAAGGAGAGACCAGGAGAUAAUAGGAAUGAAUUUUAAAAACAGGAUGGAGAGCGAUUGUAUCUUGUCAAAGUGCCCCACAAAGUUUUCAAGGAAUAUUUCUCGAUAUGCUGAGGAUAAACUGUAUUUUGUGGAUUUUCUCUUAAUGUUAGUGAUAUCGGAUUCAUCAGACUUGACUUAAUCAAUACCACUUCUCACAAUGACAUACGGAACCAAAGAUUACGGCGCAGUGGCGUCGGCCUACGGACCGCUCACUAGACACAUGCCCAGAGCCAAGGCGACGACUGGACAGCAAGAUGGCGACAACCAGAGGAAACAAAAGCAGAAGGUGCUUUACGGUUCUCUUCUGGAGUACACGAAGAGGAUGGACAAGAUCAAGCAAGCUCGGAUGGCCAUUUCAAAGAGCAAGGACCAAGGCAGACUGAGCUCGGUACCCAAGCAACGCAGGCACUUCAAGAUGGUCUUACCCGGACUGGACCAACUGGAACACGAUGCGUUGUCUUUGACCAACAAGUUUAUCAGUCAGGCGCACUUCCAAUCAGCAUCCAGUGCGGCCGACAAGGUCAACGAGGCGCUGCCAUCGGAAGGCAAUGCCAAGUCCAGUAUCUUCAGCAACGAUGUCCAGGAGCGGUCAAAGGCAUCACCGAACUCCUUCAAACAGAACUGGAGAGUCCUCAAGGACGUGAAGGUACGGCAUAUACCAGUCCUGAAAACAAAGGAUGGAGUUGUGUACUCUACGGUCAGCCGCCCGGCUAAGAUCAACGAACCUCGAGACGCAGUAACGACCUUUGAAGAUACAAAAACUACCAUAGUAAAACUGGACGAGAACGGGAAUGCCAUUACAAACGUGACCAACGAAAGAUUCCGGAAGUAUCAUCCGGGAAUUUUACCAAAGCCAGGUAUGAAAGGUCCCUAUAAGUCAAAGGUCACCCUGCAUGUUUCCUUGCCGCAGAUGGGGAAUGAAUUUGAUGGCGAAUCUGACGACGAAAGAGACACGAGCUCGUGCUCCAUUGACUUGCCGAAUGAUGGAAGGGAUUCGCAGUCGUCAAGUCGCGUCCAAACACCAAAUCCUACAAAAAUCGAUAUGGGGCAAGACAUAUCGAGUGCUACCCAACAGAACAAAGAUAAAUUCGAAGCUGCCAUAAGCAGCAACACCAAAUAUGUUACACAGAAUGUAAUAAGUAGGCCUGAGAACGUCAUAAAAUCUUCAGAAAGAAAUGUCACACUUACUCAAACUUCUUCUGUUAAGAAAACUGCGGUUGUGUCUCCAACAAAAACAUUGAAACCAGGAAAGAAAUUUCCUCUCGAGAGUAAGCACGGCGAAAAGAACCAUUACCCCUGCGCUGAUUGUCCCGUGUGCAAAGCUGAGAUGGAGGCCCCUCCAUCACAAACCUCUAUCCUCAAGAAAAUCGACAAACCAUUGCCAGACAUAAAGUCGUUGUCUGGUCAAGGUUCCAUCCCUGAGAAGAAUAAAACAAAAAGAGGCUCUCUGCAGCAGAUUACCUUGCCAGGUGGUGUGAUGAAAUUAGGAAAAGUGACCUACCAUAGGACGUAUAAGAUCAAUGUACGACCGGUGGUGGGUGGCGUGAACAGUGAGCUAAAGUUGCACGAUUCCUUUGAGGACGCGGUCAAAGGCACUGAUGUCCUGAGGGAAGCCGAACGAACGCUCCGCUUUGAAAAGAACCGUAAGCAGAAUCAAGAGCAAAGGAAGAGAUUCUCCAUUGACACUGAUGAAAAGUUGAUGCAACCGUUGUGCAGACACGGUCGUUUCGUGCAUGAAUGUUACACGUGCCGUGCAGUCGAGGAGAUUCGACAGAGGUUGAAGGGCUCCUACAGCAGUAGCGAACAGCAGUUCCAAUGGAACCUUCUGUCGAAGCACGAACGACACUUGACGCAGAAGGUCAAUGCGACGAAAGUGAAACCGCCAAUGCGGAAGAACGCCCCCUUCAGGUUAUCCGCAAUCCCAAAGGCCACAGAUAUCAGCCAGGCUGCGGAGGACACGAGGAAACCAGAUGGAAAGCCUGGUGGAAGGAUCCUCACUGAAAAGGAAGAAGGAAGAGCCAAUCCGCAAGGCUUGUUGCCAACGCACGCAGGAAACAGUAAUGGCGAGAAAGGUGCGACUGUUGCGAAUGAUGAUGAAGAAUCGGCGAACAGGAAGGUCCGAUUCGCUGAGGAAAGAAUCUAUGAUCCAAUGAGGGGGUCUUAUCGACAGGGUAAUUCGAACAAUGAUCAGAUGAUAUUGCCACCCCUCAAAAACUGAUAUUAUUUUCUUUCAUUAGAUGUCUACACUACAAAACAUUUUAUAUGCAUGCGUGACUUUUUCUGAUAAAAUUUCACUUGCACUGUUUUUGUUGAUACAUUUUAUUAUAUAUAUUGCGCUCAGGAAAAUUAUGAGCUUUUGUUGACUAGGUAUGUUUUGCCUCUCAAUCUAUCAGCUGGACUGAUUCGGAAGAAAAAAAGAAUAAUACGUAUACCGUAAAAAAUGUGAUUAAUUUAACGCAUUAAAUCUUAAAAUGCUUAAUACAGUUUUGUGUGACUAUCUGAUGAAUAUCACAAUGACCUUUUGGCCCCAGUCUCUCAUUUUAUAAUAAUUAAAAUAACAUUUUAUAUUCAGAAGAUGAUUAGUCCCUGUUUUAUUGACCAUAAUAUAUGCCAAUGUGUUUGUUUUUUUCAUCCUACCUUGCUAUCAUUUUAAGCCUGUCUGCACUACUUGUAUCAACUUAGGCCCUCUAUAUGGCAAACAGUGCCUAAGCGGUACGCGUUGGUCCCCAAGAUCC